AUGAGAUUUUUAAAAAAUGUUGUAAGCAAAUACGAAAUUGGAAGUGUGUUGAAUAAGAGUCAUAUAAAGGCAAAUCAGAAAUUGACAAGAGUAAGGGAAAUAUGUAAUAUAGCACAGAGUAACAAAACAAACUUUCAAAUUUACAAUAAGGUUGGUGUUUUUUUUCAAAGAAAUGUAGCUACUAAUGUUUUGGAAAAAAAAAAGGAAUUUUCUGUAGAGGAGCAAAUGUCCAAUAAUGAAGUAAUUCAAUUUUUUGAGGAUAAUAAAAAUAUGAAUAUAGAUAAAUUAUAUAAUUUAAUUAAAAAUAUAAGUAGACAAAAAAUAGAUGAGCGAAGAAAAAUAAUAGAAAAUGAAAAAUUUUUUAAUAUUCUAGAAGAAAUAGAAAAUCGUAUUAGUAUUAUGAAUACUCGAUAUUUAUGUAACUUUUCAUUACGAUUAGUUAGUAUAUCUAUAAAUAAUGAUGAAAUAAAAAAAUUAUUAACAAAAAUUAGUGAGCAUUUAUUAAAAAAAAUGAAUGUAAGUCCUCGUGAUUUAGUUGGAACAUGUUAUGCUUUAAGUUUAUGUAAUAACAUGAAUGAAUAUUUUUUUGAACAUAUUAAAAAAGAAACUAUUGCUAAUAUAGAUGCUUACACACCUACAUUAUUAACACAACUAUUAGAAAGUAUGAGAUUAUCUCAAAAUUUAGAUGUUGAACUAACUAAUUUAAUAGUUGAAAAAAUGUGUGAAGAAAUUGAUCGAUUUACUACUAAAGAUGUAACAUUAGCUUUAAAAACUUUAUCUAUGGCUGGUAUUCCACGUGGAUUUUUAAUCCGUCGUUUGUGCAAUCUUGUUUUUGAUAAUAUAUCUCAUUUUCAUUAUUCCGCACUAGUUAAUAUUAUAUAUAAUUUAACUAAGCUAAAAUUUACAACAGCAAAUCAUAUAGAUGUAAUAUAUAAAAAUAUAGAAGAACAUUUAUAUAAUUGUAAUGUCAAUACAUUAUCAGAAUUGUUAUACACAUUCUAUAUGAACAACAUAAAUGAUGAAAAUAAAAUUAAAAAAAUUUUUGAAAAUAUUAAUUAUAAUAAUUUUAAUACAGCAAAAACUGCAGUUAUCAUUGAUUUUAUACAUGCGGCAACUUAUUAUAAUAGUUAUAUAGAAAAAGAAAAACUUUUAAACUUAAUUGAUAUAUUAUUCAAAAGGAAUGUCCCAAAAUCCUUAACUUUAAUUGCAAAAAUAAGAGAACCUAUAUAUUUUCUCUCAGAAAAUUCAACAUAUAAAUAUGACAUAAAUAAUAUUUCUCCCUCUUGGUUAAAUGCAAUGAAUGACUUUUUAAGAAUAGAUCAUGAAAAAUUACAAGCCCUUAAAACUUUUCAUGAAGUACAAAAUGUUUUAAAUUCAGUUGCUCCAAACUUUAAAUUAAAUUUUGUUCCUUUACAAAUUACUAAUUCCUAUUCGGUCGAUUUUAUUGAAAAUGAAAAAAAAAUUAUUAUAGAUCUUGAUACUAUAGUAAGACACACUUCUUUUCAAAUUAAACACAAAUAUUUCGAAGACUUAGGAUAUAAAACAGCUAAAAUACAUUUUUGGAAAUGGAGAAAAUGUAGAUCAGAAAAGGAACAACAAAAUUAUUUGUGUGAUAUUUUAUAUUCUGUUACAGAUCAAAAGAAAAAUGCUGAAGAUACAGCUGAAAAUUAA